AUGUCCCAGCCUGAGGCCAACCAGAAACUUGGAGAGUUUUGCACGGACAAUGGGCAAGGAGAUACCGACCCUCCGGGCCCGAGCCGCGGGUCGGGGGCAGCGCCUGGGCAGGCCCGGAACUGCGAGGGAAACCACGAAACACGAGCACUGCGGCUCCUGAUGCGGCCACUGGAGGGCAGCAAGAAGCCGCAGCUGGAAGCGGCGGCCUAUCAGUCUAUCGAGUCGGCCAAGUUGGGAUUUAAGUUAGACAUCAAGAAGAACUUACAGACAGGCCUUGCCUUGUCCCGUAUCCACACUGUACCUUCUUCUGUCCUCACCCAUAACCCUCCUGGGGAAUUCUCAAUGGCGCUCAGCGUCCGCAUCCUUACUCUCCGCGAUUCUCCAGUCCCUAGGCCCCAGACCCGUAGAAGCCAAGGUCACGAUGCAGGCCAAGGCUCCAUUUGGGCUGCCAAGGGGACCUCACAGGGCUGGAACCGGAGAGCCCGAGAGAGCCUUGGGCAGGUGUCAGAGCCCGACAGGACCCAGCUGAGCCAGGACCUGGGUGGGGGCACCCUGGCCAUUGACACGCUGACAGAUAACAGGACCAGAGUGGUGGAGGAUAAUCACAGCUACUAUGUGUCCCGUCUUUAUGGUCCCAGCGAGCCCCGCAGCCGGCAGCUGUGGGUGGACGUGGCCAAGGCCAACGAGAGCCAAGUGAAGGUCCACAGGAUCCUCUCCAACACCCACCGGCAGGCUUCGAGAGUGGUCUUGUCCUUUGAUUUCCCUUUCUAUGGGCAUCCUCUACGGCAGAUCACCAUAGCAACUGGAGGCUUCAUCUUCACGGGGGACAUGAUCCAUCGGAUGCUCACAGCUACUCAGUACGUGGCCCCCCUGAUGGCCAACUUCAACCCUGGCUACUCCGACAAUUCCACAGUUGCUUACUUUGACAAUGGGACAGUCUUUGUUGUUCAGUGGGACCAUGUCUACCUCCAAGGCCGGGAGGACAGGGGCAGCUUCACCUUCCAGGCAGCUCUGUAUCGUGACGGCCGCAUUGUCUUCAGCUACAAAGAGAUCCCUAUGUCGGUUCUGGAAAUCAGCUCCUCCCAGCACCCUGUCAAAGCAGGUCUGUCAGACGCCUUCAUGAUUCUCAAUCCAUCCCCAGAUGUGCCAGAAUCUCGGCGAAGGACUAUCUUCGAAUACCACCGUGUGGAGCUGGACCCCAGCAAGGUCACCAGCAAGUCGGCUGUGGAGUUUACCCCAUUGCCAACCUGCCUGCAGCAUCGGAGCUGCGACGCUUGCAUGUCCUCGGACCUGACCUUCAACUGCAGCUGGUGCCAUGUCCUCCAGAG